AUGAAGGUGUUUACAGUGGGCAUGGACCAGAAGCCCCCAAUCGAAAAAUCCCCCGAAACCCCACCACCCAGCUACACCAUGCCACCAUUGCCAAUGGGCCCCGAGCUAGCGCAGCCAAUCAUCGUACGCAAGUCGCGCGGCUACAAAGGCAUCAUGUUGGUAAUGCUGGGCGUGUUCCUGAUGGCCGUAUUUGCUUUGGUCCUAAAUGAAAUGGCAUACAACCGCCAACGUGACGAGAACUUCUUCAGACUACAGUGGGCUCAGAUGCGUCAUCGUAUGGGGUAUCCGCGCGAGUUCGGCGAACAAAUCGUCCCGGAAGUGCAUGGGCCGCAGAUGCUUCAACGGAAACCCGAAACCACCACUCCGUCGGUGCGCGAGGACAAGUUUUUGGUCGAUAAUGAGUUGGACAGUUCGGUCGAGCAGAAAGAGCCCGAACGUGACGUUCGACUUCAGUUCUUGAAGUCGAUUCUUCAGAAGAUUAAACAGAAUGCUGAAGACAUGGGUCUACAAGGCACCAUGCAGGUAUCGGUAGUUGAGGUGGAGCCUCAGCAGCUUCCAUCGUUCUUGAACAAGCUCAAGCAACAAGAGAACGAGAAGAAGUACGGUCCAUCGGCCGACCCCAACUCGGAUGCCUUCCUUGACAGCUUUGGCGAGUUCCACGCCCCAAACCCAUUCAACGGUCAGCCAAUGCACCCAAAGCCAUUCGCCUGGUCCAACGAUGAGCCAAUCUUCCAUCCCGAGCCGGAAAUGUUCCGCCCACCCCCGAUCCCAGAAUGGGCCCUCCAGCGGCCGGAACUCGAACCUGAAUUCCGCCAUGAGUUCGGAAAGUCGAGUGAAGUUAACCCUCAAGAAGUGAUGGGUGAGAUGUACGGUCGUCGUUUCGGCCGAAUCUUGCAAGACCUGAUCGCUGCUCGUCUUCAGAACAGACUGAUCCAAGCCCAACAACAGGAAGCCAUCAUGAACCGCCCCUCCUUCCCAAUCGAGCCACAACAAAGCUGGUGGGAGCCGGCGCAACAAGUUGCCGAGCAACCAAAAGUUGAAGUGCCACAAUGGCCACACCCUCAGUUCCAGCAAUUCCAAAGCAACCACAUUCUUGAGCAACAACCUCAAGGUUUCCAGCCAGCUCAAGGCUUCCAACCUCAACAACCUCAAGAGUUCAUGAAGCCACAAGACUUCCUAACUCAACCUCAACAACCUCAGGGUUUCCAAGCCUUUGCUGGUCAAGAACAACCUCAAGGCUUUGUCAGUCAACCACAACAACCUCGAGGCUUUGAGCACCUACCACAGUUCAAUGUGGAACAACAGGUUCAGCAACAAGCCCAACAAGCUCAACAAGUCCUCCAACCCGAACGUCCCGUCCAGCCACCACGAACCCAGAGCUCACAAGAGUCGGCCGAAGGACAACCACCAGCUAUCCAACCACCUCGAGUUGAGGCUCAACAAACUCAACAGUUCCCAACUGUUCAGCCAAACCAACAGUUCCCACAGCCUAGCCAGCAGUUUCCUGUGAGUGGGGGUAUAAGAAUUUAGGGUAGGGUAAAAAAAAAGCGGGAGAUUUGAUAUUUGAAUUUUUUUUUAAUUUUAAAGGUUUAAAGAAAAAAAAUUUAAAUUAAAAAAAAAUUUUUUUUAAUAUGCAAAUUUCAAUUUUCAGGUUUUUUUUUCCAUCCGAAGAAAGAGCUCCCCAAUGGCAACAAGAGCAACACGCCGGACCUCAGCCAGUCUUCGAAAACAAACCAGCUCCAGCCGGUUGGACUCACCAAGCCGAAAGCGAGGUAGGUUGAUCGAAUUAGAUUUCUCACACGAAUUUGUAGUACUAACAUGCACAUUAGCACUGGGAGAAAAAUUGAGAAAAAAAUUGAAUUUUGGUACUAUACAGCACGUUGGUACUGAAUAGUACGUUUGUACAAAAAUGAAUUUUAAAAUUUAAUUUUGAUUUAAUAUUAAAUAGGAAUGUACUAAAAAGUUUUUUGGUACUAAAUAGCACGUUGGUACUAAACAGCACGUUGGUAAAAAUAGUACGUCGGCACAAAAAUUCAAUUUAACUCAAAAGUUCAAUUUUAUACUAAAUUUCACUUUAGUACUAAUAUGAAUUUUGAUGCUAAAUAGCACGUCAGUACUGAAAUUCUUACUAGUACUAAAUAGCACAAUAGCACCUAAAUAAAAAUACGCACUAAACUAUAUACAACAACAUUAUAUAUUAUACUAUAACACUAUCUAUCAUAACACCAAGAUAAAAAAUAGUAUCAUCAGUACUAGUAGAUGAGCAUCAUCAGUACUAGUAAUUGAGUAUCGCUUAGUACUAGUAGAUUAAAUCUUAUGCACAGCACGAUUAACCAAGAAUUUUUUCACUGCACGAUACUAUAAAAUACAGUAUUCUUGAUCUAAAGUCAGUACCAUCCUUCAGCCCGCUUCCAAAGUAGUAGAUGGUGAAGUUGAAAAGAAGGACCAACACCUACCUCACGUCCUAGUUUUGCCAAAGCCCGCCCCAGUAGAUGCCCAACCCCUUCACGAGGACUCGGCCUCAUCUCAACUGGCUGAUCUGCCAUUCAAAGAGCUACAAGGCGAGUUGGCAGCGGCCGCCGCGGCCCUGGCUCAACAACAAGAAGCCAUUGAGCGAGACGCUGAGACUCAAGCCUUCCUACAGGCCAAAGAGGACUCAACUGAAGUCAAGGAUAAUGAGGAUGACCGGAAGGUCGAAGACGUGCAACGACCAGUCGAACCGGCCGCCAUUCAGUCGGAACAACAGAAUGAGGAGCCUGUGAGUUCGGAACAGGUGCGCGGUGUAAUACUUGAUAAUAUUUGAAAAAAUGGGAAAAUUUGAAUAUUACAGUAUACUUACAGUAAUGAAAAAAAAAAUUGAAAAGUGCAAAAAUAGACAAAAAAUACAGUACUGGUCAUAGGUAGAUAGCGUAGACCUGAAAGGUGAUUCACAUAGAUAGAUCUGAAAGGUGGUCUAUUAGAUAUGGCUAGGCCGACAAAAGAGCUUAAAAGACACCGGGCUGGUACAUGUGAGCCUAAGGGUCCGGCUUAAAUCCAAAAAGCUAUAAAUGGCAAGAACUUUCUUUACAAUGGGAAAAAUGGCAAGAACUUUUUUUACAAAACAGAAAAUGGCAAGAACUUUCUUUACAAAGUAUAAAAUUGCAAGAAAUUUCUUUAAAAUACAAAAAAUGGCAAGAACUUUUUUUACAAAACACAAAAAUAAAUUUUUAUUUCUAGGUCGACUUCCCAGCGGUGAAAUUCCCUCACGAGCCGCUGGCUUUCGAGCCUCAUGCUGAUGCUGAGCCCCACAUCUUCUUCCAAGUAGAUGAACCACAACCAUCAAUUGGUGCUGGUCACGUUUAA